AUGAAGAAGUUUAACAAGAGGAAAAAUAAUACUGGGAAAAAGGGAGGUUAUAAUAACAGAAAUAAAAAUAAAAAGGUAGAUGAUUCAGAGAUCGAAUCAGAUGAUAUAUUGUCAUCAAAUUUGUCUGAAGAAGAUACUAAUAUUUUAAGUAAAAAAACAAAAUUUAAUGAUGAAAUAAUUGAAAGUGAUGAAGAUGAUAAUAAAAACAACUCGGAUGAUGACAACGAUUAUGAUGGGUUUAAUAAUCCAGAGGAAAGGAAAAUGUAUUUAGCUAAAAAAUAUCUCAAGGAUAUGGGAAUUGAAAGUAGUGAAGAAGAGGAUAGUGGUGAGGAAUCAGAAAAUAGUGAGAAUGAAGAAAAAAAAAAAAAAAAAAUAGGUUCCGAUUUUUCAUCUGAUGAUAAUGAUAGUGAUAUUGAGAAAAAAGAAAAAAUAAAAAAAAUGUUAAUGGAAAAAGAGAGUUCUAAAAAUAGGAAAAUUCUUUUAAAUUUAAGAGAUAAAAUAAGAAUAUUCUAUGAUGAAGAAUUAUCGAAUACUUUAUUAAAUAAUAAUGAUAAAAGAAAUAAACAAAAUAUAAAUAAUUUAUCAAAAAAGGUAAAAAAUGAUGAUAAUGUUUUGUUUUUAAAUGGACACAAAAAAAGUGUUACUACAGUUGCCUGUCCAGAUUAUAAUUUAUCCUUUUUUGAUCACUAUAAUUAUAAAAUCCAAAAUAACAAUUAUGAUAAAGACAAUAAUAAUGAUAAGUUAAACAAAUAUAAUGACUAUAUUAAUAGUGAUGAUGAAAAUGAAUCCUUUCUACAUUCAAACAAUAAAAAUAGUGAAAAUUUAAAAAAUAUAUCUGACAAUAUUAUGUAUCCUAAAUUUUUUGAAAAUACUUCAAUUAAUACAAUAUAUACAGGAGGAAAAGAUGCUUGUAUUAUUGAAUGGGAUUUAUCUCGACAAGAAAAAGUUCAUAUUUAUAAAGGAAAUCCAGAUUCUUUUAAAGAUUUUGGAAAUCAAAGUGGGAUUUGCCAUUUUAAAAGUAUAAUGGAUAUUUAUUGUAAUAAAUAUAAUUCAUUUUUUAUGUCAGUUGGAUGUGAUAAUUUAAUAAAUGUAUGGGAUAAUAGAACAAAAAAAACUUGCAUGAACUCAGUUAUAGGUCAUAAAAAUAUUAUAAGUUCAAUAGUUGGAUGUAAUGAUGAUACAGAGGAACUAAAUAUGGAACAUAAUUUUUUUACUUCAUCAUAUGAUAAAACAAUUAAAUUGUGGGAUUUAAGAUUUUUUAAUAAAUGUAUAAAUACAUACUUAGGUCAUACAAAUAAUAUCCUUACAAUGAAUUCAUUAAAUCAAAAUAAAUUAUUAACAAGUUCUAGUGAUUAUACUAUACGUUUUUGGAAUACAAAAAAUGAUAAUCAUAUAUUAUUUAAUAUAAAUUAUGAAAUUAUUGAAUCAUGUUGUACUCUUAAUAAUAAAAUAUUUGUAGCAGGAACAUUCUCAGGAGCCCUUUAUAUUUUUACUUCAUCUUAUAAAAAACCAAUUUGCAUACACAAAAAUGCACACAAUUCUUAUCCCAUAACAGCACUUAUAAGUAUUCCAUUUACAAAUGUAUUUAUUUCUGGCUCUUAUGAUGGAUAUAUUAAUUUUUGGGAAUAUAAAAGUACUAGUAAAAUAUCUGCAAAUAUUCAAAAAAUUAUGACUGUACAGGUAAAUGGAACAAUAAAUAAAUUUUCUUUUGCACACAAUUAUAAAUAUUUAUUUGUGGCUAUUGGUAAUGAAAUGAAACAUGGCAGAUGGACACGAACGAACAAUAAAAAUGGCCUUGCUAUAAUACCAAUUCAAUUUUUGUCAUAA